UUUAUCUGUGGAGAGGGAGGCCUCAGCUCUGAGGGCCAAGCAAAUAUUUGCGGUUAUGGAUUAACUCAAGUUCCAGGCUGUCAUGGCGGCAGGAGGGCGACCUUGCAGUUUCUCCGUGGCCCACCCCAGUAUCAGCAACUCCGGAAUGUGGCAGCUCGCAAGCCUCUUACUGUCCGUGACCAUCUGGGGAAUUUCCAGCACACCAGCACCUCCUGACUCAGUGUUCUCCAGCAGUGAGCAGGCCCACCAGGUGCUGCGGAUCCGCAAACGCGCCAACUCCUUCCUGGAGGAGCUGCGGGCUGGCAGCCUGGAGCGGGAGUGCAGGGAAGAGAUCUGUGACUUUGAGGAGGCCCGGGAGAUUUUCCAAGACGUGGACGACACACUGGCCUUCUGGUCCAAGCACCACGACGGGGACCAGUGCGCGGCCCCGCCCCCAGAGCACCCGUGCGACAGCCCGUGCUGCGGGCAGGGCACCUGCAUCGACGGCAUCGGCGGCUUCCGCUGCGACUGCGCCCGGGGCUGGGAGGGCCGCUUCUGCGUGCACGAGGCGCGCUUCUCCAACUGCUCCGUGGACAACGGCGGCUGUGCGCACUACUGCCUGGAGGAGGAGGGCAGGCGCCGCUGCGGCUGCGCGCCCGGCUACCGGCUGGGAGACGACCACCGAGUGUGUGAGCCCGAAGUGACGUUCCCUUGUGGGAGGCCAGGGAAGCGAAUGGAGAAGAAGCGCAAGAACCUGAAACGUGACACAGACCAAGGAGACCAGUUAGAUCCGAGGCUCGUCAACGGGCAGCUGACCGGAUGGGGAGACAGCCCCUGGCAGGUGAUCCUGCUGGACUCCAAGAAGAAGCUGGCCUGUGGGGCGGUGCUCAUCCACACCUCCUGGGUGCUGACCGCGGCCCACUGCAUGGAGGACUCCAAGAAGCUCUUCGUCAGGCUCGGGGAGUAUGACCUGCGGCGCCGGGAGAAGUGGGAGGUGGACCUGGACAUCAAGGAGGUCCUCGUCCACCCUAACUACAGCAAGAGCACCAGCGACAACGACAUCGCACUGCUCCGCCUGGCCCAGCCCGCCACCCUCUCGCAGACCAUUGUGCCCAUCUGCCUCCCGGACAGCGGCCUUUCGGAGCGCCAGCUCACCCAGGUCGGCCAGGAGACAGUGGUGACGGGCUGGGGCUACCGCAGUGAGAUCAAGAGAAACCGCACCUUUGUCCUCAACUUCAUCAAGGUUCCUGUGGUCCCGCACAGCGAGUGCGUCCGGACCAUGCACAACGUCGUCUCUGAGAACAUGCUGUGCGCGGGCAUCCUUGGGGACCCGAGGGACGCCUGUGAGGGUGAUAGUGGGGGGCCUAUGGUCGCCUUCUUCCGUGGCACCUGGUUCCUGGUGGGCCUGGUGAGCUGGGGUGAGGGCUGUGGGCGCCUCCACAACUACGGCGUUUACACUAAAGUCAGCCGCUACCUCGACUGGAUCCACGGCCACAUCAGAGCUGCGGACGCCUCCCUUGAGAGCCAGGUGCCGUAGCCUCCCUCUCUCUUGUGUCUGGGCCCCAGAGGCCACUCUUGAAUGGGAGCUGGGUUGUUGAAUGGCAAUAUGUGGGACAUUAAAUGGGGCCUGCAGCAAGCA